AUGUUUUUCCUCACUUCUGUUAGAAGUAUUCGCAGUGUUUAUUUAAAUAUCCGUUGUCUAUCGACAUUUAAUUGCAAUUGGGCCGCUAUUAAAACGGUACAAGAAAAGGUAGAUCCAUACACAAAAAUUCACAUUAACUGCGCGUACGACUUGAAAAUCGUACCUUAUGAUCUACUUGACUGUCCAGAUUCUAAUAUACUCAAGGCGACAGUGAAGCAUGGUGAAAAAGAAAAUAGUUUUGCCGUAAAAGUGUCAGAAAAACUUGUCUCUAUUUCAAGUAAACAAAGCUCUGAAGGCGCAGAAUGUAUUCUUGAAGUACCUAUCAAGGCUGAUCUUCAAAUCCAUAAUAACGGGAAUACUUCUAUAGCGGAUCUGUACAGCGACGAUAUUUCGGUGGAAAGCACAGGAAACAUCGAGACGAAAGGCCUGCGCUCCACAAACAUUAAGCUAUGCAGCACUGCUGGCAACAUUACAUGUCGUGGAAUUACGCUUGCACAAAACAUAGUCGCGAGUACCACUGGUAGAGGGAACAUAUUCCUGGACAAGCUGCAGGGCGCAUCAGUCAGCGCAACCACUGAGUCGGGCAAGAUUUCGGUGAACGCAAGUUACUCUAACAAAAGUUCCUUUCAAACAAUUGACGGAGAUUUAGAGUUGAAAAGCAUCCACAAAGACUGCACCGUGCAGUCAUCUGGUGGGAAAAACGUUAUCAUGAAUGGCUUUUACGGUACGUUAAACGCAAACAUAAGCAGCGAGAACGUGUCUUUGCAACUCUCGGAAAUCGUUGCCAACAGCAACAUCACGGCUACCUCGACUCAGACCCUGCAACUCAAUCUCGCCGAUACUGUUUUCGAAACAUCAUCCGUAACUGUGAACGCUCCGAACUUGGAGUUGGACAGUAACAUAGAUGAAAAAUCCGUCAAACAAAAUGGAAAUAGUACGACAUUUGGUAAAUCCGAAGCUGAAAAUACAUUGCACGUUAAAACGAACGGCUCCGUAGUAUUGCGGAAGAUGUCUUGGGCAGACAGUUUCUCCUUCGGUGGUGUAGAUGCAAAAAAUGAGUAACAAGGUCCUUAAAACGUUGAUGUGUGUUUUCUCAGGCAGCAUUUAAUUAUUAGUAGUAAAAAACGAAAAUAUAUUUAUU